GGACCUUUUUUGAGGAUUUUGAAGGACUGGAGUGGAUGGUUAGUCUAGGAAAGCUGUCCUAGGUGGACAGACCAAAGGACAGAGGAGCCAAAAGGAGUGAGGACCCUUGAGCGUGGACCCAGAGUGUGCACCUUGAGUAAGGACCUAGACCAAGGGCAAGCAUGGUGUUAUUGACAGCCAAGAUCAUGCAGAGGGCAUCGCUCUUCAUAUCUUUCGGAGGUCUGGUCUCCACCUUCGUCACCACCUUCAUACCUCUUUGGAAAACGAUGAACUCUGACUUAAACGAGAUGGAGAACUGGUACGAAGGUCUCUGGCACAUGUGCAUCUUCACCGAAGAAGUGGGACUACACUGCAAAGCUUUCGAGUCUUUGCUAGCCUUGCCCCCGGUCACCCUGGCAUCCCGCAUUCUUAUGUGCCUAUCAAUCGCCACUGGCAUCCUCGGGGUGGCAUCAACCUUCUUCGGUCUGGAGGGCGUGGAGAUCGGACAGGGACGUGAGAAAGUAAAGAGGGCGCUCCUCAUCCUUGGCGGUGUCCUGAUCUGGAUCUCGGGCGUCACCACCUUAGCCCCAGUCUCUCUGAUCGCCUACGUGAUGGUGGUGGAGUUCUGGGACGAGUCGCUGCCGGACGUGAUGCCGCGCUGGGAGUAUGGAGAGGCCAUGUUCUCUGCUUGGUUCUCUGGACUUCUCCUGGUCGUUGGAGGGUCAUUUAUCUUCGUGGCCGUGUGUAUGGGCGACCAUGAGGCCAAACAGAGGAGCAAAGUGUUCUCGCAAGCACAGGGACAGAAACCCAGGACUCAGAACUAUCUAAAGACUGAAGUUUUAUAGUGUUUUACAUUUCUAUUUUUAAUAAUGUUGUCGAGAGAAACGCAAGAGUAACACAUGCUUAAUGUUAUGAUGCAUCUUUAGCUACUUUUCUCAACAUUGCAUAAGAAACUGCACAUUUCUGAUGCUUUUUUUAGUGUCUCAAUCUUGUCUCAAGCUUUGUGAGCCAUAUUUGUCCUUCUUGAUUAAAGUUAAUGAGAACAAUUAAAAGCUGUUCUUAAAAAUAUAAAAUAACUUUGUGAGCCAUAUUUCUUUGUUGAUAAAUUCUAAUGUUACCUUAUAAUGAAUAUAAUUCUCAUUCAGAAUGAAUUUAUGCAUAAACAUGUCUCAAAAUGUUUGCAAGAACAAACAAAAUUUACACCACAUGUAUUUUUUAAUGUACAUUUUUAUUACUUUACAUUUUUAGUUAUUAAUCUCUUUUUUUUUUUUUUUUACACAGCAUUUCUAAAUUCGGUGAAAUAUUUUCAAGAACAUCUGAAAGGUUUGCGAAUAUUUUUAAAUGAGGCUCAAUAAGAGUAAACAUUAAAAUAUAGUUAUUGAAAAAACUCAAUGUCGGGGCUAAUCGGUAAAUCCAUUUUCUGUACCUAAUGCUGCAUUCACAUGCUUGUCUGGUGGUACAUUUCUCUGAGAUAGAAGUUGUUCACUGUUUGAGGUUUUGUAGGAAAUAAAAAACUGACAUUUUUAAAAAUUAAGUAAUAUAAAAAAAUAAAAUAAUGUAAAAAUUACAUUACAUAAAAAAAUUAUUUUAUGUUUAAUAACGUGUUUGUAGAUUUCUAAAAAUGGUUUUACUAUUAGAAUUAAUGAACAAAAAAGAACAUUAGUGUUUGAUACCGACCUUUAAAUGCUCAGUGUGGUUGGAAAACACUUUUGUCAAAACUCGGUCAGUUUGUGCUGCUUCCCAAUGGGAAACUCGUUUUACGAUAAAACCGACACCAUAUGAACGCAGCAUGAAUACGAAUCUGUUUUACUGUUUGUGAGCACUCAUCUCUUAAUAAUAACAAUAGGCAUCAUAAAACUUUGUGAACUGCACAUGAAUUAUGAAAAAAAUUACGAAGAAAAUUUCCAUCAGAUUCAGAAACGCAGUGUAACUUCAGAUUUAUUAGUGAGUUUGUCUAUAUUAACAAGUACCAGUGGUUUAAAAGUGCUUUUCAAAUUAUGCAUCAAUUUAUUCUACUCAUGUUUUGAGACCCAUCAACAUUAAAAUAAUGAAUCAGAAUAAAUAUUUCGUAAAGUGUUUUCUUCAAUAAAAUUGUUCGUAAAAAGAAACAAAUUUUAUACCUUUUCCUGACCUCAUAUAUUAUGUAAACAGUAAAGAAAUGUGAUGUGCACCCAAUUUAUGAACCACAUUUUUUCAUUAACAUACACUUUCACAUAAUUAAUAUGUAGUUUUACACAAUGGAUCUCAUCCAUUAAAUGUGAGCAGAAUGAUUGUAUGCAUAAACUGCUUAAAAAGCACGUAAAUCACUUUUUUUUUCGUAAUUUUUGUAAAUUCGCUGAAUUUUAUUCAAAUCAUUAAAAUGUUUGUAGAAAUGAUCAAAAUUUACACUUUCCGUUGACCACUUAUUGCAUGCUAAUUGCGAACUGCUAUUUGUUAAUAAUUUUUUCACAAUGUUUUACGAAACGUUUCCUGAAUUAAACCCAAUGUUCGUAAAUAUGGUGAAUAUGAAAUAUGUGCAAUGGGGGGAAAAAGCAUUUUGUGAAUUAUUUAAUGCAUGCAUUAAUUCUGUUCACUUUCCUGAAGGAGACUAGAUAAAAAAUAUCGCUAAUCUGAAGCUCAUCCUUUUUUUUUUUUUUUGCAGUAAUUAUAAAUGAUAUAUACUGUCUACUGUCUGCUUUAAAAUCAUAUUUGUUUGCCAAGAAAACGCACAUUCAGUGUCUGUCUUGCCUCAAGCUGGUUAACAUCUCAAUCUUGCUUCUUGUAAUAUAUUUGUGAGCCAUAUUUCCUUGUUAAAUAAAUCUGAUGCUGCCUUUAA